UAAAAAAUCAAUUGAAAUAUUGGAAAUCUCCACACUUGAAGGGCUAUUAAACAUAAAUGUACAAAAAUCAGGAGUAAUUCUGUAUGAUGUAUUCCUGAAAGAAAAGAACACAAAAAAGACUUAAAAGCCAACUAGAGUGAGUAGGAUUUGCAAGGGAAGCAGCUAAAAAGGAGAAAGUGUGAGUGGACAAUAAUGGAAAAGAAAAAUAUUCCAGAGAAUAUGUGUUUGUAGAAAAAUAGAUGAUAAGAAUGAUAGGAGGAUGAUUAAAAGACCCAACUGGGAAGUUGGAACCACGAUAGAUGUUUGACUGGGCUUUGACGUUAAACCAAAACUGCAGCCAACCACCAUCCCCAAUUCCGAGAGUCCGUUUACCAUCUUCAUUGACUUCAUUUUCAAACCACGAAUUCUUGGGUCCAUGAUGGAAACCAGAGAGAAGCUAAUCGAAGAACAACUAUCCGGUGCGAUCCAGUUGGUGGAGCGAGUUCGGGCGGCGGAGAGGGACGCCCACUCAUACAAGUUCGAGUGCUCCGAGGUGUGGAAGCAAGCCGGUCGUAUCGGCGCAAUGGUCCGGUCGGUUAUCCGAAUCGUCAGCUCGACUCCGUUUCUCUACGAGCGCCCGAUUCGGUGUGUGGUGGCGGCGGUGUGUAGUACUCUGGAGCGCGCCUUGGCACUGGUUCGCAAGUGUAAGCAUCGGAGUGUUCUUCGCCGAGUCGUCACCAUCAUAAACGCGGCUGAUUUUCGUAAAGUGUUUAGCCUGCUGGAAGCCUCUGUGGGGGACAUGAAAUGGCUUCUCAACGUUGUGGACGCUGACGGAGGUAAUGGGGUUGGUGGUAUUGGUGUUUCUAUUGCCCCAAUUGCAAGUAAUGAUCCGAUUCUUUCUUGGGUUUGGUCCUAUAUCGCCUCCGUUCAAAUGGGGCAAUUGCCAUAUCGAAUUGAGGCCGCCAACUACCUGGUUUCCAUAGCACAGGAUAAUGAUCGGAACAAGAGGAUUAUAGCGCAAGAAGGCGGCGUCCCUCCGCUCUUGAAGCUCAUGAAGGAGAGCGCAUCACCAGACGCACAAAUUGCGGCUACAACAGCUCUUCUUCAUUUAGCUGAUGUUCAAGAGAGGGUUAGAUUGAUUGCUGAUGAACUGGGGGUUCCGAUUAUAGUGCAUGUUCUUCGUAAUUCGCCCAUGAGGGUUCAGACAGCGGUGGCCAAUUUGGUAGCCAGGAUGGCGGAGCUUGACCCCUUUUCUCAGGAGGAGUUUGCCAGGGAGCAUGUGGUUAGGCCGCUGGUGACAUUGUUGUCUUUCGAGAUAGUUAUGAAUGAAAAUGAUCCAAAGAUGAGUAUUCAUUCUCUUGUUCAGAUUAACAAAGAAGUGGGUGAAAGCUCAACAGUUAACGCCAAACUUCAUUUGAAUUCAUGUUCUUCGAUGUAUGGGGAAGGUAGUGGUAGAGGUGGGCGUCAUAACAAAGACAGGGAGAAUGAGAAGCCUGAAGUGAAGAUCAACUUGAAAACAAGCUGUGCAGAGGCUUUACGGAUGCUUGCAAGAGGGAAUGUGUCCAAUAGCAAAAGGAUAACAGAGACAAAGGGGCUGCUUUGUUUAGCCAAACUCAUUGAGAAGGAAAAGGGAGAUUUACAAUUCAACUGCUUGAUGACUAUAAUGGAGAUAACUGCCAUAGCUGAGUAUAAUGCUGAACUUAGACGGGCAGUCUUCAAGAUCAAUUCUCCUGCUGCAAAAGCCGUUGUCAAUCAACUUGUGAGGUUGAUUGAAGAGGUCGACAGUACAUUAUUGCAAAUUCCUGCCAUAAGAGCUCUUGGUUCACUGGCUCGAACCUUCAGUGCAAGGGAGACUCAUGUCAUCCGUGCCCUAGUGGCACGACUUAGCCAUUGGGACCAUGAUGUUGCAAUGGAAGCUGCCAUUGCCCUAGGGAAGUUUGCUUGUCAAGAAAACUACCUUAAUGCUGAGCAUGCAGACUCAAUUAUCAAGUUUGGUGGUGUUACACCUCUGAUGAAACUAAUGAGAGUAAAUGAACAAACUCGGCUGCAUGGACUGAUCCUCCUCUGCCAUCUUGCAAUACAUUCUGGCAAUAGUGAGAGUUUGGAACAAGCAAGAGUGUUGACCAUUCUUGAAGGGGUGCAACAUCCCAUGAUGGCUCAACAUCCUGAUUUAAGAGAGUUGGUUUUACAAGCAACAUUCCUCCUCAGGAUGUACCACAAUGGUGUCCUUGGUGAAGGGCAGCCUUAUGUGCCAUGAAUGUUAUUUCAGUAGACUACUGGAUCUAUGUUUUUAUGAGGACAUAGAUGUGUUGUUCUCUGCUUGAACCAUGUUAAUACAUUUUGACCGAGAGAAAAACAGGGCUAUUAGAAAUGCAUAGUUGUUCAGAAAAGAAAAGUAAUAGGUGCUGUUCUUUGCUUGAACCAAGUUGAUAUAGUUUGAUCUUGAAAAAACAGCUACACAAUUAUAUAGUUGCUCAAAAAGGAAAAGUUAUAGUUCAUCCGAUUAGGAAGUCUUCUAGUAAAGUAGUGAUACAUAUUCUGAUUAGAUGGUUAUCAACCUUGUUACCUGAACACAUUGUGCUGGAUUCAUUAUUGUAAAUAUAACUGGGAUAUCAAUUCAUUUUUCCGACUCUGUUGUUUCAA